UGAGAGACCGGAGGCCGUGUGCCAUCUUGCCAACGUCUCCUUCGUUUGCCGCCGCGCCGCCGCUCCCUCAGCACUUCGGUGGCGCGGGAGGCCUCUACAGGGGCCUGGGACUCGGCUGCCCUCGAGGCUCCCUGCCCUUCGGCCACUGCGGCCGAGUCAGGGCGCUUCUCGGUCCGGCCCGCCGAGGAGGCGCGCUUUCCAGACAGGCAGCUCCUUGGCCACCUGGCAGGACUGGGUCGCCUAGCAACGGCGGGGUCCUUCCUGGCUCGGCGGCGCUCCGGGCCUGAGGGGAGAAAGCCGCUGCGGAGGGCGCUGGGGGCCGGCGGCGGCGGCGGCGGCGGCGCAAGAGGCGGCAACGGGACGGCGGCGCGAGGUUGGCGCGUCCCGGGAUCCGGCCUCUGCACUUGAGGGGAGAUGAGCUCGGCUGACAAGGCCCGGGUGGGGCUCGCGGCCGACGGGCCUGCGCCGCCCGAGGAGGAGGAGAGCGAGGGGGGCGGCGAGGCGGGCGGGAAGGAGCCGGCUGCAGACGCGGCCCCCGGGCCCAGUGCCGCGUUCCGCUUCCUGGUGACUCGGCGGGAGCCGGCCGUGAAGCUGCAGUAUGCGGUGAGCGGCUUAGAGCCGCUGGCCUGGUCCGAGGACCACCGCGUGUCCGUGUCCACGGCCCGCAGCAUCGCCGUGCUGGAGCUCAUCUGCGACGUGCACAACCCGGGCCAGGACCUGGUUAUCCACCGCACCUCGGUGCCUGCUCCUCUCAACAGCUGCCUCCUCAAAGUUGGCUCUAAAGCAGAAGUCGCUGAGUGUAAGGAGAAGUUUGCCACCUCGAAAGACCCCACAGUCAGUCAGACUUUCAUGUUGGAUAGGGUGUUCAACCCUGAGGGGAAAGCUUUGCCGCCGAUGAGGGGAUUCAAAUAUACUAGCUGGUCCCCCAUGGGUUGUGAUGCAAAUGGCAGGUGCCUCCUGGCGGCACUGACCAUGGACAAUCGCCUGACCAUCCAGGCUAACCUCAACAGACUCCAGUGGGUCCAGCUGGUCGAUCUGACAGAGAUUUAUGGAGAACGUCUUUACGAGACCAGUUACAGACUCUCUAAAAAUGAGGCUCCGGAAGGGAAUCUCGGGGACUUCGCGGAGUUUCAGAGGAGACACAGCAUGCAGACUCCGGUCAGGAUGGAGUGGUCGGGCAUCUGCACCACUCAGCAGGUCAAGCAUAACAACGAGUGCCGGGACGUAGGCAGCGUGCUCCUGGCGGUCCUCUUUGAGAACGGCGACAUUGCCGUGUGGCAGUUUCAGUUGCCCUUUGUGGGGAAGGAAUCCAUCUCUUCGUGCAACACGAUCGAGUCCGGAAUCAACUCUCCUAGUGUUUUGUUUUGGUGGGAAUAUGAGCACAAUAAUCGGAAAAUGAGCGGCCUUAUCGUGGGGAGUGCUUUUGGACCUGUAAAAAUCCUGCCCGUCAAUCUCAAAGCAGUUAAAGGCUAUUUCACUCUAAGGCAGCCUGUUGUCUUGUGGAAAGAGAUGGACCAGUUGCCAGUGCACAGCAUUAAAUGUGUCCCGCUCUAUCACCCUUACCAGAAGUGUAGUUGUAGCUUGGUGGUGGCAGCAAGAGGAUCCUAUGUGUUUUGGUGUCUUCUUCUGAUCUCCAAAGCAGGCCUCAACGUUCACAAUUCCCACGUCACAGGCCUUCACUCGCUGCCGAUCGUCUCCAUGACUGCGGACAAGCAGAACGGGACGGUGUAUACUUGUUCCAGUGACGGGAAGGUGAGGCAGCUGAUUCCCAUUUUCACAGACGUGGCGCUAAAGUUUGAACACCAGCUAAUUAAACUCUCGGAUGUGUUUGGCUCCGUGAGGACGCACGGGAUAGCGGUGAGCCCCUGCGGCGCGUACCUGGCCGUCAUUACGACCGAGGGCAUGGUCAACGGCCUCCACCCCGUUAACAAAAACUACCAGGUCCAGUUCGUUACUCUCAAAACCUUUGAAGAGGCAGCUGCUCAGCUCCUGGAGUCUUCCGUUCAGAAUCUCUUCAAGCAGGUUGAUUUAAUAGAUCUGGUUCGCUGGAAGAUUUUAAAAGAUAAACACAUCCCGCAGUUUUUACAAGAAGCUUUGGAAAAAAAGAUCGAAAGCAGUGGGGCCACGUAUUUUUGGCGUUUCAAACUGUUCCUCUUGAGGAUUUUGUAUCAGUCGAUGCAGAAAACCCCUUCAGAAGCAUUAUGGAAACCGUCCCACGAGGACUCCAAAAUCUUACUCGUUGACUCCCCUGGGAUGGGCAAUGCCGAGGAGGAACAAGAGGAAGGCACUUCCAGACAGGCCAGUAGGCAGGGCCUUCAGGAGAGGAGCAGAGAGGGCGAUCCCGAGGACCCCAUCGACGACUCACUGACCCCAUCUGGAGACGCCGGGGGCCGGGAGCCGAUGGAAGAGAAGCUCCUGGAGAUCCAAGGGAAGAUCGAAGGCGUGGAAAUGCACUUGACCAGGGAGCACAUGAAGCGGGUCUUAGGAGAAGUGUACCUGCACACCUGGAUCACAGAGAACACGAGCAUCCCCACCAGGGGCCUCUGCAACUUUCUGAUGUCUGACGAGGAGUACGAUGACCGCACGGCACGGGUGCUGAUUGGACACAUCUCAAAGAAGAUGAACAAACAGACCUUCCCUGAGCACUGUAGUUUGUGUAAAGAGAUCUUGCCAUUCACAGAUCGCAAACAGGCAGUCUGCUCCAAUGGCCACAUCUGGCUCCGGUGCUUCUUAACCUACCAGUCCUGCCAGAGUCUGAUCUACAGAAGGUGUUUGCUCCACGACAGCAUCGCCCGCCACCCGGCUCCGGAAGAUCCUGACUGGAUUAAGAGGUUACUGCAAAGCCCUUGCCCUUUCUGCGAUUCUCCCGUCUUCUGAACGUCAGCGGUGGGAAGAUGGGAAGGGCACAUACUCUGUUACAGAAAAUGCCCUCUGGCCUGAAGACGUAGGACGUGCUGGCUGAUCCCGGCCUUCGGGUGGCGAGGCUCUCUCCAGGAGUGUAGAUAGGGCCCUGGGAACUCAUUUCUGAAGCACGGUCUCUGUCUCUGGGGACUAAGGGAUUUCUUUGAAACAACUGAAUGCAGAGACUUUAAGUCAUUCUGAGAUGAACAUUAGCCCCCCGCCUCCUCACCCAGUGAGGAACACUUAUUUUUCAAGUGUUUUGACUGAAGCAGUUUGAACCGCAAGAAUGCCCUGUCAUCUCUGGGAACAGAACAGUCUCUUCUAGAGAGUUGGGGUAAGGGCCUCGCUGGACCAAGUUGGGCUUAACGCUUGCCUUGGUGCCGAGCUGCUGCCCCAGAGAGCUUAAGCGCGCGGUGCAUGGUACGCGGUAUCCCGGCACACGUUAAAAGUGUCGGAAACAGCACAGGGUCCUGAUGCUUUGUUUCGAACAAACAGCCGCAGAUCUGUAUCCCGAGGAUUCCUGUUUCUCAUGCAUAUGGAAACCAUUCUCAUAGAACUGGAUUUUUAAGAGGUUGAAGCCAAGACUAAAGUUGGCUUUAAUGUGUCAAAAGAUCAGGUGAUUCUCCUGAGUCAAUAAUUGUGACUUAUUUUUAGUGAGCUCCCACGUUAGCAGGUUUCCUGUCCUUCCUUUGUCCUUAAUGUGUAAAGGACAUCUGGUAUUCCCGUUCACCCGUGACACCUCCCUGCUUCAGACUGUCACAGCCUACGUGAGAUUUUUGUACAUAGAAGAAAAAGAAUAUUUUCUCCUUAAAACUCGGAGUGUUUUUAAUGUUGACAUGUCUAGACAUUUCAUUUAUAUCCAGUAUGAGAACGUGCAGUCCAUCUAAAGACUUCCAGGAAACUUCCAGAAAGCAGUGGGCAGCCCAGACGUGCUCUGGUGCCACAGGUGUGUGCGGCUCAGUUGACGGGAGCCUGGGACUUUCUCCUCAGUAUAAAGGUCCUCGGUAUUUGUAAUACUGGUAUUUUCCUCUGGGCUGUUAAGAGGAGCUGUUAGACAUCAGUUGGCCUUAAAGUCCAAAACUAAAGAUGGACAUUCAGGAAUGACAGUGUUGCCAGAUUACAAAGUAAGUGCCCUAGGGAUUGGUGCUAUUCAACAGGACUGCGAUGCCCACAGCUCGAGAUGGUGCGUAUUUCUGGGAAGUUGGAUAGGAAAUACAAAAUGUGAAAUUGUCACUUCUGUCCCAUGCUGUCUGGCCUUUAUUCUGACAUUUAUUCCUGCCUUUCUUGUGAUCGCUCAGAGAAAGACAUCUUGGCCUCGCGUCAGAAACACUUGCUGUUUGGACGAGAUGCCCCCGGACGCCCCCCACACCACUGCAUUCUUGCCCCUCCGCUCGCGUGUUGAGAGCCAAGAGCCCUUCAGAGGCGCUUCCAGUCUGCUUUGAAAUGUCUUUGGUUUCCUGUUCUAAUCUUGCUUUGUCUCCUGUGUUCAAAUCUGUAUUUUCUGGAGUCUUCUGCUUAUCCUUCUCCUCUUGGUGACUUCAAGAAUAGUGUUGAUCCAGAUGCCAGCGUCUGGCACGUUAAGUUGGUUUUCAGGAAAGAAUCGGGCGGCAUUAAGGUCAUGGGUGGGUGACGCAGCUCAGAAGGCGGUGUGGCCGUGGUCGUUUGUGCCUGUAGCUGUUUGACAUGACAGCAAAUAGGAGGGUAAAAAUUGAGAUCAUGUCAAGGAAUUAUUGCAGUUUUCAUAAUCAUGGGAUGCUUAGUCUCGCAUAUUUUUGGUUCCAACCAGGGUCAGUGUUCAAUUUGUUCCGAUUGGGGACUUCUGUGCUGCUGCCAUUUAAAACUUACAUUAAGUUUUCAUUUAAAACAGUUGUACAUUUGGGGGGAAUUUAACUCUUGGGAGUUAACUAGAAGGGUCUCCCAAAUUAUUUUGUAUGUCUAUGUAGGAAUAAACAUGGCAACUGUUGGGCUAGAACCUGGCUUGUCUCUGCGCGGGACUAGGCCUGGGGGCAUUCUUCAGAUUCUGAAACCCACCCGACCCCUGCUCGGCCCGCGUUUCUGCGUGGAACUGGGCGGUCUCCCCCUCUUCCAGCCCCACCCUCUCAGCCACGGAGGCUGGUGUGAGCUCGUGGCAGCAUCGCAAACGCAGUCCGCUUCCGACUUCACAAAGAGAGCACCUGAUGACAGAGCGCCGGUCAGUGGGACCUUGGGAACGCAGGGGUGACCCCCUGGAAUCUUCCGGCUCAUUGUCUCUCGCGGCUUAAACUUGUCAUGCCCUCCGUGCUUCCUCACAUCUGCCUGAUCUGGUUAGUGGAUUUUGAGUUUCUCUCGGCUGUCACUGUAACAACCGUUUCAGAAGCGGCAGAAGCGGUAGAAGCCACGGUGUCGCGCUGCUUGGGAGCACGGCGGCAAAGACUGUGUGCAAUUAGGCCUUUUCAGCUACAACACGUUGCAUUCGGGAGUCUGAUAGCCACACCUGGAUCGCGCUCUUUCCGCCCGGGGUUAAUUUGUCCCCAUUACUCUAGAUAAGAAAUCGAUAGCUUGUUAUGCUCGGGAUUCAUUCUGAAAUCCUCAUGUGUCCACCACCCAGACUUCAAGCAGCCUCUACCUACUAUUAUAUCUGCCAGAACUACCAAUUAUUUUUCAGUGUCAGGACUUAUUAGAACCACUGGCGAAGCGUGUGGUUGAGUGUGACAUUUUUCUGCCUCUCUCUAAGAAGUUUUUGGGAAUGUUAAUGUUGAAACGUGCGGGUUGGACCUGUUAGCGAGUGUCGCGGGUUAAUCAGGUGAAUGGAAUGUUAAAGGGUAGUAAUGGAAUAUUAAAAUAUAUUCUGUUGUAACUAGAACGCUAUCAGCUAAGAAGCAGAAGAAGUUGGUGGUUAUUGGUGCUUGUCACGGGGAGUUUUAAGGAACACCUGCUCCGCUUGCAACAGUCAAACCGCUUCCGAGUUUAGUGACUUCACUGCAGGAAUUAACGCCACCGGUCCAGGUCCAGAGCCUUCUUGCUCCUGAUUCCUGUCUCUUGCCUGUCCUUCCUCUUGGUUUCCCUUCCUCUGGUUUUCUCAGCUUUAGGACACGUCCAGAGCUAGCAGAUUUCAUGCUUGAAAGAACGACAGAUCAGUGAUAAAAUCUGUACAAAUUAAAUCACACGGUAGGUCUCCCUUCCCAGAAGAGAUGGCAUCACACAGUGACUUCUUUCUAAGGGUAACAGUGUUAGUUGUUAGCUUGGUAAACUGUAUCUGGUUUUCUUCGAAACUCUUGGUUAUUUCCGUGGCAGCAGAGUGCUCAGCAGCUCCUGGCUGGGUUUUGGGGUAGAGUCUGCUAAAUGUUAGCUCCUUACUCUACCCACCCCCCUCCCCGAGCCAGCAUUGUCCUGACAAGCAGAACUUUUGGUGACGCCAAGCUGAACGGGUUGUAUGAGAAGUCGGCUGGCCUAAGUUUUUCUAAGGGAAAGGUAUAUUCUGCCCUUUUUUGUUUGUUUUGUUUUGUUUUUAAAGAGAUUGGGCGGUGAAAACAGCCAAUAGGCAGAGAAAUGAAUGAAUGUCUUAAUGUUAGCCCCCCGUGGACCCUUGAGGGCGUCCGCGUGGCUCCCGUGAUCAAUCACGAACACACCUCUCUGCUCACACGCUCCCUUUCUGUGUGUCCGUGGAGUUGCGCAGUUCGGUGAGGCUCCAGCGUGUCUCAAGAAUCUAACCUUGUCCCUCAAGGUUGUCGGUUUUAGGGGUGCCUCUAAAAGAUCUAACUGCGGUGACUUGUUUUCAUGUUAGUCGUUAGUGGAAGCAUGCACAGCUUCGAGCGGAGUAGGUGUGUCUCUCAGGUCUGAUAGUUACUAAACUUCAAACUGCUCUUUCUUGAGGCUAAGAAAGGUUUGCGGAGUUAUGAUCUUCACAUUUGCUAAGACGAUACCUGCUAUUUAAAGUGAUCACAGGGGCGCCUGGGUGGCUCAGUCGGUUUAGUGUCCAGCUCUCUGAUUUCCGCUCGGGCCAUGAUCUGAUGGUUCCUAGGAUUGAGCCCCACAUCGGGCCCUGUACCGACAGUGCAGAGCCUGCUUGGGAUUCUGUCUCCCGCUCUUUCCCUUCCCCGCUCUCUGUCUCUUCUUCUCUCUCUCAAGAUAAAAAACGUUAAAAAAACUUUUUAAGUGCUUGCAGAGCAUGUGAAAUCUGACUGUCCUUAAGUGGAAUUAACUCAAAUUUGCAAAAAAAAGAGUUGUUUCUAAUGGUCUGAAAUACUAUAGCGUCACUGUCCUGAUGAAACAGUGGGGUUUUUCAGAAGACUGGGCACUCGUUUCCCAGGUGCUGCUGUAGAUCAGUAUCAAGCCUUCUAGCCAGACUGAGUCUGGUAGGCAGGCUGCGGCCUCCGUCUGCAAAUGUACUCUGUGUUAGAGCAGGGCUGCUUCUGAAAACUUGCUGUGGAAACCAUUCAGUUUAAGGGGCGAAUGGCUGUUAAAAAAAAAUAUCCUAUAAAGAAGUUAUUCCUUUUAGAAUAGGACUGCUUCUCCCCCAGUGUCUUUAUCUGAUUAGGUGACUCAGCUUUUCUUACCUUGCUUUUUUUUUUGAGUUAUAAUUAUACUCGGGGUGGGGUGGGUCUUAAUAUACAGCCUGAGGUCCCAGUCGGUGAAUGAGUUUAUUCAGGGCAGGAUUGUUCAGAUGGCCAACACGGCGGUGCCAUUCGUUCCAGGCUGGGCGGGAGCUGAAAAGAAGGCAAGAUGAUGCCCGCCUCCCGACGCGGUACAGGCGGAGCCCGUCCAGGUGAGCUGCCGUAACUGGGCCGGGAGGUUCAUUUAAAGUUCGGCACUCUAAAUCCUGUCCGUUUCCAUGGUAAAAAUCUGCUUCCCUCGCCAUCACGAAAUCCCGUUACUCUCGCAGAAAGAUCCCGUAAGGUGGUCAGGCUGGACCCCGGAAGAGGUGGCAAAAUGGCUACAAGACGCUUUCGUGCUUUAUCGGUUUUACGUUUGGCGACCAGACUGCUGGGGUGUCACGCACUUUGGUCUGGGUGCUAAUGCAAAAUUAAAAGCAAAAAUGGGUUAUUAUGGCUUCUUCAGGACUCUUACUCAGAUUUGUACUUUACGAAAGGAACAUGAAUAUCAAACCUGUUUAUACAGAAACAAGACCGCAUAGAAAAAUUAGUGUGUUGUAUAUAGUGAUACAUAGUUUAUGUUUACCCAAUGCCUGUGCUAAUCUUCGUGCUCAGCUUUGAAUUAUAUGUAUGUUCACGUAGGACUUUUUUUUUUUUUUUUU